AUGGCCGAGGAGCUCUCAGCGGCCACGUCCUACACCGAAGAUGAUUUCUACUGCCCCGUCUGUCAGGAGGUGCUCAAGACGCCCGUGCGGACUGCGGCCUGUCAGCACGUUUUCUGUAGAAAGUGUUUCCUGACUGCAAUGAGAGAAAGUGGAAUACAUUGUCCCCUCUGUCGUGGAAAUGUGACUAGAAGAGAGAGAGCAUGUCCUGAACGGGCCUUAGACCUUGAAAAUAUCAUGAGGAAAUUUUCUGGUAGCUGCAGAUGCUGUGCAAAACAGAUUAAAUUCUAUCGCAUGAGACAUCAUUACAAAUCUUGUAAGAAGUAUCAAGAUGAAUAUGGUGUUUCUUCUAUCAUUCCAAACUUUCAGAUCUCUCAAGAUUCAGUAGGAAACAGUAACAGGAGUGAAACGUCUGCAUCUGAUAACAUAGAAACUUACCAAGAGAAUACAGGUUCUUCUGGGCAUCCUACCUUUAAGUGUCCCUUGUGUCAAGAAUCAAAUUUUACCAGACAGCGUUUACUGGAUCAUUGUAACAGUAAUCACCUAUUUCAGAUAGUUCCUGUGACGUGUCCUAUUUGUGUGUCUCUUCCUUGGGGAGAUCCUAGCCAGGUUACUAGAAAUUUUGUUAGUCAUCUAAAUCAAAGACAUCAGUUUGAUUAUGGAGAAUUUGUGAAUCUUCAGCUAGAUGAGGAAACCCAGUAUCAAACUGCGGUUGAAGAAUCUUUUCAAGUAAACAUCUGA